AUGGCCGUUGCCUCCGUCGUCUCCCUUCCCCUCCUCUCCCACAUCCUUCUUAUUCAUUUCCUCGCCCUUCCUUUCUUCCACCUCCCUCCCGUUCCCUCCCUUUCCCAACCCCUCCUCUCUCCCCCUCCCUCCCCAUCCACUUCCCGCCGCCCAGUCCCCCCGCGUACUACUUCCGCGCGGGGGCGGGCGCGGGGAGACGCAAGUGGCACGUGCAUCUCCCCACGGGCGGAUGGUGCUUCUCCCCGGGGGAGUGCCGCGAUCGCGCCAACUCCCCGCUCGGUUCCUCGCGCUUCUGGGCGACACGCCUCCCCGCCGUCAUUGAAAACGGCGGAAGAAUCAACAACACGCCUCCCCGCCGUCGCUGAAAACGGCGGAAGAAUCAGCAGCGUGACUGACACAUCCCCCCGUUCUCUUCCCCAUCUCUCCACCCCCUCCUCUUCUCCCCAGUCAUACGAGUCCUAUCCGCAGCUAGGCGGCUCCUUUCCCAGGACAGCGUCCGAGGAAUACCCACAGUUGGGUGGCCUUCUAUCCCAGGACAGUGCAGCCAACCCGGUGUUCCACGCGUGGAACCUGGUGUGGGUGGUGUACUGUGACGGCGGCGCCUACAGCAGCACGCGGGGGAGGGCGGACCUGGGGGAGGGCGCAUCUGUGUACAUGCAGGGACGGCAGAUUCUGGACGAUAUUAUCACUGAUCUGCGCACUCGGCAGGGCAUGGGGGCGGCGUCGCAUGUGCUCUUCUCGGGCAGCUCAGCGGGCGGCCAUGCCAUCAUCAUGCACUGCGACCGCCUCGCUGCCGCCUUCCCCCGCGCCUCCUCCAAGUGCUUUGCUGACUCGGGCUUCUUUGUUGAUGCCAAGGACCGCUUUGGGGUGUACUCAUGGCAGGAAUACAUCCGGCUGCUCACCGCUCUGCACCGCAUUGAAGUCCCCAAAUGCCCUGCAGAGACGAGACAACUGGGCCUGCUGCUUCCCCAAACUCUGGGUCAUCAUCUUUUUCCUUCUCCCCUACCACCCCACUUCCCCCGCGUCUCUUCCCUCCUCUGCUCCCCCUGUUCCCACCCUCUCAGGAGCACAAGUGAGGGACAACUGGGUCUGCUCCUUCCCCGAACACUGGGUCACUUGCUCCCCUCUCCCCACCCCUUGCUCCCCUCUCCCCACCCCUUGCUCCCCUCUCCCCACCCUUGCUCCCCUCUCCCCACCCUUGCUCCCCUCUCCCCACCCCUUGCUCCCCUCUCCCCACCCCUUGCUCCCCUCUCCCCACCCCUUGCUCCCCUCUCCCCACCCCUUGCUCCCCUCUCCCCACCCCUUGCUCCCCUCUCCCCACCCCUUGCUCCCCUCUCCCCACCCCUUGCUCCCCUCUCCCCACCCCUUGCUCCCCUCUCCCCACCCCUUGCUCCCCUUAUCCCCCUUCCUCUCGCCCUCCUCAGGAGCACAACAAUGACUUGCGGCAUGGAGGGGCGCGCAGCAGAGGAUCCCUCCCAGCAGCACCGCAUGACUCGUGCGAUGUCAGGAGGACACUUGUGGGGCAAGAUGGGGCGCACGCCCUGCCAAGGGGGAGGCGGGGGGAGUGAACAACACGAUUCCCUACUGACUUCCCCUGUUGGGGCACUCGAGGGGAAGGUGCAGCACACUCCCUGGAGGAUUGUGGAGAGGCGGAGUUGA